AUGUGAAUGUGCAGCGCGUUUGUAAAAUGCGGUUCGCAUGUGUUGUCAUUUUUAUGAAAUUUCAUUGAGCUUUCUCGUUUUUAUUUUGAACUGCAUAUGGGCGUUUUCGGCCACCGUAAUUGGACAACCGUUCAGAGUUCUAAAAUCGAAAAAGAGGAUUAUCGUUUAAAUCGUGCGCGGACGCUGGAAACAUCGUGAUUACCGUGUGAAUUAUGGAAACCAUCCUGCUAUUCUUUCUCAUGAUCAACCAUAGUCUUGGGGGAGAUACCGUGGCCACGGACCUAGACAAGCAUCAGCUGUGGCGUUUGGCAAACAUUCUCACCAUCAGAGAAUGCAAGGACCUUCUCUCUGUGCUCUCCCGUCCAGAGCCCGACAUCUUCCUACAGAUUAAUCACCUCCCCCUCCAGGACCUCACCCUGCAGCAGGUCAAUCAAGAGCCCCCCAAUCCCUGGGAAGCAGAUUACAAAACGCCAUGCAAUGUAGUCCUGAUGAGGUGGCUGGUGAAAAAUGGGAAGCAGAUAUAUUUUGAUCGGUUGUACCGAGCUCUACAGCAGAUUGGCCGGACUGACAUCGCCAAAGAGAUGGGGAAGAACAUCAAUCAAGACAAGAUAUUAAAUCUUCAGCGGUAUGUGGAUGGAUACCAUGAAUAUGUGAAAGGUAUAAAGUCCACACUUCUGGAAAUGGAUCAGCGCCCACAGGCAGAGCAUGAGGCGAUCAGAGAAGGGAGGGACCUGACCCAGAAUAUCCUGAGGCCUGCAGUUGAGCGCAAGCAGCCCCCACCCUAUGACCGACACCCCCUGGACGGCGUCCUGCCCCUGCUAAAUGGCUUCCUGAUAAGUGUUGCCGGUUCUGUCCUAGUAGGACUGGCUAUCCUACUCUUAAAGCUGCGCGACUCCAGGAACGACCUGCAGAAGUUGCAGUAGCAUUCCUGCAGGGGCCCUGGAUGGGAUCUGAGGAACACUGCCAACAGCAGUGGACCCAACAGUGCACUGGAGAUUGAAAAAAUCAGUUUAAAAAAGUUUGUGUUUUUAACUCUCUUGUUAAGGAAGAAUGAAAUAAAGAAAUAAAAUACAGGGAUUAAAGCUCUCUGUGUUGGAUUUCCAUCAGUUGGAUUACAGAAAGGCCAAAUAUGAGAUCAGUAUAGAUCCAAAGAGGAAAAUACAUGGUUCUGGUCUUUGGGUUACGGACUUGCGGUACCAGGUGAUAGGUAGCUGAUUUGUAGGCAUAGAAUCUACUUUGAUGUCGGUAUUUAUAUACAGUUAAUAGUGUGGGGGCAAUGUACUGUACCUACCUAAUUCACAGGAACUGACUCAGUCAUGCCGUUGACAGUGAUAUCGUGUAGCGUCCUAUGAAAUCUGUUACAUUUUUUUCCAAAUUCAUUUUUUUCUGAUUUAUUUUGAUGUUUCAGAUUCAGGUUUUCAUUAAUUAGCGAAUUGAAAGAAAUCAGCCUUUAAGGAGACAAAAAUCUCCUAGUUUUCAGAGUACAGCUUUGAUGCUUUGAAAUAUGUC